CAAUCUGUAAUUUCUAACAUGUUUAUCACUCAAUAUUUACACACUUUUCCCUGAGGACCACAAUGAUAAUAUGUGCCACGAUGGGGAUUAUAUUUUAUUAUAGGUAUAUAUGUUUCCUGAGUAUAUAAAGUGUUCAUUAUUAUCGCUAAAUCAAAGUAAUGCAAGGCUUCCCCAGAGAUAAGUACGUUAACAACACAGUUCACGUAUGAUAAAGUAAAUACCUGUUGGUAAAUUCCUCAGAGAUUGAUAAAUAUUGCACCAGAAAAGGAAAAGUUUGUGUCCAGUACAAGUAUUGGUCUGGUUGGUGGCAGCUUCACUAAGGGUGACACUGAGUGAUACAUCCAGAGACGAUAUCAUCAUGGCUGAGAAUAACUUAGGCAGACAGGUUGAUGAAAUUGAGGCUCUUUCUUCCAUCUAUGGGACCGACUUCCACACAGAGAGCUCUGAGCACAGGUGUUAUAGUGUAGACAUUACAGAAGGGGAAUGGAUGUCUCUCCUACAGGUGACAAUGCCUCCAGACUAUCCGGGAGAAUCUCCUCCUAUUUACAUGUUAAGUGCACCGUGGCUGAAGGGACUCAAGCGCCAGGAACUGUGUGGAUACUUGGAGGAUAUAUAUCUAGAAAAUGCUGGUGAGAGCAUUGUGUACAUGUGGGUGGAGAGAAUACGUGAGUUUAUGGUGGAACAAUCACAGCUGAGUGAACAAGAAGCUGAAGAACAACAGGUCACCACAGAUUUAGCAUCGGUGAAGCUUGAGCAAGACACUGAGGACCUUACACCUUGUCCAGACAUAUUUUCUGGCGAGAUUAUUUCUGACCGAAAGAGUCAUUUCCAGCCACAUCUUGCAGGGGUCAAGUCACAGGCUGAAGUCAGGCAAGUAUUGAGAAAAUUGUAUGAGAACAAGAAGAUCGCCAAUGCCACUCACAACAUGUACGCCUACCGCUUUACCCCCGAGGGAUCCACCAAUGUGAACCAAAACUGUGAAGAUGAUGGAGAAAUUCAUGCGGGAGGUCGCCUCCUGCACCUCCUCCAGAUCCUUGAUGCCAAAGAUGUGUUGGUGGUGGUGACAAGAUGGUAUGGCGGUAUACACCUUGGGCCAGACAGGUUCAAGCAUAUCAACAAUUCUGCACGACAAAUUUUAGACUCUUGUGGUUAUAUCAGUACACACAGUGAUAAAAAUAAGAAAAAUAAAAAAGUUAAAUAGUAAA